CUCACUUCCCUCUUCUUCCUUUCCUUCUGCGAGUUUGCCUUGUGGGCGCCUCCUCUACCUCAUAAGUGUUUGCAAAGUGAAUCUGAACUUACUCGUGGUGGGCGAGGACAUCUGUUUGAGAGGAGCUCUGCAGACAUUUAUCUGGGGGCUUGCAGGGAAGUUUGACUUGAGAAAUCUUAAAUGAUAAAUCCCUCCGAAUUUUAGGACUGCAAGACCGGAUGGAGAUGACAGGACACAUCGUCACACACCUGCUCUGUCUGGUGUGUCUCUGCUCGGCUCAUCCUCAGCCAGUGAGGAUACCUGGCAGCAUGCAUGUAGCUGGCUCUCUGGGCAGCAACGUGGAGUUGCCGUGCAACCUCCCCAUGAUGCCAGCUUCUCCCAGCGGUCCCUCUGCCACCUCCACACAAGGACCCCUUCCUGACGAGAAGGUCAGAGUCCAGUGGGUGAAGCUGGAGAAGGAUAAGCCGGUACUGGUGGCCCAGGAAGGGCAGAUUAGGGUGUAUUAUGAGUUCGUAGGCAGGGUGUCGGUGCCCAGCGACCCGUCAUCAGUGGGGCAUGCCUCACUGACCAUCAAGAGGCUCCGGGUGACAGACGCAGGACCAUACCUCUGCAAGGUGACACAAGGACUGGAGGAAAAGCAGAACGUCGUCCACCUCAGCGUCUCCGGCGUGGUGUUUCACUACCGAGCCAAUUCCAGCCGCUACUCUCUGGACUUCAGAAAAGCGAAGGAGGCUUGUCUGUCUGUGAACGCCUCUAUGGCCACAGCUGACCAGCUGACUGCUGCGUUUCAGGACGGCUUUGAUCAGUGCGACGCAGGAUGGCUCAGUGACUAUACUGUCCGGUAUCCGAUCACACAGCCUCGUCCUGGCUGUGAAGGCGACCUUCUGCGCCGCCCGGGUGUGAGAACAUACGGCCGUCGCGACCCCACAGAGAGAUACGAUGUGUACUGCUUCGUAGAUGAGCUGCAGGGUGAAGUCUUCUAUCCGUCCUCCAUCACCGAGAAGAUCACCUGGCAGGAGGCGAAGGCGGAGUGUGAGAAGCACGACGCCGUGUUGGCGUCCCCGGGCCAGUUGUUUGCAGCCUGGAGGGCGGGGCUUAGCCGCUGCGACUACGGCUGGCUGUCUGACGGCAGCGUCCGGUACCCCAUGAACAUCCCCCUGCCUCAGUGUGGAGGCGGCCUGCUGGGGGUCCGGACCCUCUACAAGUACACCAACCAAACCGGCUUCCCAGAAACCACCGACAAGUACGGAGCGUUCUGCUUUAAAGCUAAGCUACCAGAAACAACUGUCAGCUCUCCGAUGAGUCCAGCUGCAUCCGCACACCCAGACAGAUCUGAACUUCGAGGCAGAACGCCAGAGCCUGGCACAGUGAGCCCGCUGUCGGUCACCUCACCUCACAUCAUAGAUAUGCCCAGUCCUUCCACCACCAUGGACGAGUUGGAUAUUCUAGAUUUUCAGCUACCUGGCCUGCUGGAGUCGGUGCCAAAUAGAGGGGACGCUUUGCCUCACCAGCUGCCUCCUUUACCCACCUCCCGUAAUCAGCUUUCACUACUGGACACCCCCCAGCCGGAUGGCAGCGGGGAGCCAGUCCGUGCUGUCCUGAGCUCCAACGUGGGUGUGGGAGGAGAAGUUAAACCAGAAAGCAUCCUGACACCGAGACUGGCUGGAGAAUUCACCACCUCAUCGCCCAAAGCCGUCCCAUCAAAGCCAGGCCCCCUACUCAUCGAGCCAGAAGUGGGUCAGCAGCCUGCGGUGGUGUUCAAGGACGAGGUCCGCCAAGGGCCAACGACGGAGCUGGAGCUGAAACCGAACGGAGAGGCGGUUUUAAGUGGAGACUCAUCAGACAAACAGCUCCACAUCCUCGUCGUCAAUGUGCUGAGGGGAAAUCAGUCAGGGAACGAUCAGGACGACCAGUCAGCUGCAGUGAGUCGAGUCUUGGAUUUCCUGAACAAGCCGUCAAACGGCUCCCAUCCUCUAUUGCCACAAAUCUCCGGACUCACUCAGGUAUCCAGUGAGGCUGUCUCGAACAAUGAAGACUCUGAACUCCUCCCUGAGACCAUCCGCUUUGUCAAUGGAAAACACGAGGUGUCAUUCAGCCCACGACCUCCAGAAGAAGCCCGAGGGGAUCAGUUUGAGACGGCGUCUCCUGUUUAUGUUGAGGAGGUGGACAUUGGAGACAUAGACGAUCUAAAUUUGCAUCCUUUAGACAACAGUGUCUUACAGAGUCACACAGGCAAGACCAGUGAUGAGGCCACUCCUCCCACAGAUACAGCCCAACAGGAUGCAACAGUUCCAGUCCUUGACGACAAGCUAGCCCCCAAAGUCUUCCUAGACCCACAGACUACUGCAUCUCAAGGGCCAGAAAAAGCAGCAGCCACCACCACCACCACCACAUCUUCAUCUACAGUCUCAUCAAUAACAUCUACAACACUGCCAGGUCCUAUUGUCCAUAAUGUUUCCCAGACCGGCCCUCACAUCGUCCAUGAAGGCACAGCGGACAAAAAUGCCGAGGCUUUGCAAGAGCGUUCUGAAGAUGGAAAUGUUCCCACUCCGGCUUCAAUUUUGCCUGGUGUGAUGACGGAUGAGGCGGAGAUAGGAGGGAGAGAACCUCCAACUUUUAGCCCAGGUAUAAAGUCCCAGAAAACGUCCACACACACCCAGAUAGGCAACUUUGAAGGAUCUGCUUCUGGACAGGAGGAGUCCUCGGGGCAAGAUGAUUACCUUCCAGAUAUACCCAGCCUCGCCAAGACACCCCCAUCAAUUCACCCCACCCUUCACACCAAGCAGCCUCUACACGCAACAGUCAUAAAAGAAACAGAUGGAGUUGCAGAGACUGCUGAUGGAGCUCAAGAAACAGGCUUAGGUGCGGAGCAGAUGUCUGGAGAGAGCGAGGCCUCUGGGGAUCAGGGUGGUCCGGCUGACCUGCCUCCAGGGGUUAGUGCCACUGUUUUACCAGGUGUGGCACCUCUGAUUCCUGAACACCAAAGUACAACAGAAACACAGGACAUAUACUCCAAACCCAGCAGGGUUACACAUUAUUCUGUCACUUUACCGGAUCUCGAGAAACAUUCAGCUGUCACCAACAAGCCUUCACCUCCAACGUCUGAUCAUACUUCAGGUCCAUCCAGCACAAGCUCCACACUUAGCAUGAGGGAUAAGCCUACUCCAACCACAACAGCAUUUACUCCUGACCAGACAACCCUCUCCACCCCCCAAUGGGCUCCAAUCUAUGACCCUUCAGCUAACGCUCUCCCAAAUGAAGAAUCUGUGGACUAUGACAGCAAAAGCUCCCCUGUUUUGCUGGAGUCCCACCCGGAGACCCCUGUACAGAGUGGAAUCACAGAGCAGGCAGAGGCCUGGUCUGAUUUAGAGCCUUCUGUGGAGCCCAGUCCUGUGAAUGUUCAAGACCUACUGCCGUGCUCAGUCAACGACUGUCUGAAUGGAGGUUCCUGCUUCGAGAAAGGCCCAGUGAACAUCUGCGUCUGUACACCUGGAUUCAGUGGACUGCGCUGUGAAACGGAUGUUGACGAGUGCAACUCUAAUCCGUGUCUGAAUGGAGCCACCUGCUUGGACAGGGUCAACUCCUUCACCUGUCUCUGCCUACCCAGCUACACAGGAGAGCUCUGUGAACAAGACACCGAGGUGUGUGGGUUCGGCUGGGCCAAGUUUCAGUCCCACUGCUACAAAUACUUCAAACACCGGCGGACGUGGGACGCUGCGGAGAGGGAGUGUCGUCUGCACGGCGGCCACCUGACCAGCAUCCUGUCGCGGGAGGAGCAGAUCUUUGUCAACCGUCUGGGCAGUGACUACCAGUGGAUCGGCCUGAAUGACCGAAUGUUUGAGAGAGACUUCAGGUGGACCGACGGGAAUCCAAUGCAAUAUGACAACUGGAGGCCCAACCAGCCGGACAGCUUCUUCCAGUCGGGGGAGGACUGCGUGGUGAUGAUCUGGCAUGAGGGGGGCCAGUGGAACGACGUGCCCUGCAAUUACCACCUGACCUUCACCUGCAAGAAGGGAACAGUGGCCUGCAGCCAGCCGCCUUUAGUGAAGCACGCCGAAGUGUUUGGAGCAAAGAAGCCCCGCUAUGAGAUCAACUCCCUGGUCCGGUAUCACUGCAAAAAGGGCUUCAUCCAGAGACACACCCCGACCGUCCGCUGCUGCGCCAGCGGCCAGUGGGAGACGCCCAAAAUCACCUGCAUGAGUCCUGCGACCUACCACCAGUCAAUGAUUGUUGAGCACUACGGCAACCAGAGGGAAGAGCAAAAGAGGAACCACGUCCAUCACACCAACGGCCAACAGAAGGCCAGUCAGACCCAGGAGCAGGAGCAGAGCUCCGGCAUCCUGCAGAGCCUGUGGAGCCCCUUCCAGGCCCGAGUUCAGCAGCUGUUCAGGCAGAAGAAGCACGCGAACCAGGGGGAUCAGCCCGGUCACUGAAUGAGUUUGAGGUUUUGUUCGAGAAUUGUGACGGCAACAGAUCAAUGCAGACUGGCCUUGUUGGUCCGCAGGCAUCGGUAGACAGAAGCAAUGUUGUUAGAUCGCCUGUCUAUUGAUGGAUCUCACAAGAACAACAUGUGAGAUGUGCCAACAUGUAUUUUCUUCAAAAAAAAAAACAAGCAAAAAAAAAAAAACAA